CACAGAUUUUUAUUUAAAAUUUCUCUUAAGUAUUUAUUUAUUUAUUAUGACUGUUUGCAUACCUAAUAAUUUUUCUUGGUCAUUUGGGCAUACCCUAAUAAAUGAGGCAAGAUCGAAUAGAAACCAAACAAAACAACAUUUGGAUAUUGACUCGUUCAGUGCGGGAAUAUUACUAUUCCCGUGUGGAGUGAAUCCCACCAAGACCCAAACAAAGUCUUUGGAAAUUUCAAGAAACCCAAAUUCUUCUUCAAACAAACGCACUGGGAAUCGUUUUCCCAGAAAAGGUUGUCCUGGAAGAAAGCUUAAAUUUUCAGAGAUGCAUAGAACCAAAGCUGUUAGUUUGAUUCUCCUAUCUAUCUCGCUUUUGCUGCUUGGGACUCUAUCUCAGAGCUUUGUAGAAACUGCAGAUUCAAGAAGUCUUAAAGAUGAAGGGGACCACGCGCAUGAAGUACAUUGUUCCAGAGAAAGAAGUAGGGCUGCAUGGCAGAUUAUAGAGGAUUAUUUGAUGACUUUUGUGGAGCAAGAAGGAUAUCAGAUUUCAAAUAAGUGCAGGCUUCAUCCUGACAAUGACCUGUUCAGGGAUCAGGAGAACCACAAGAUUCAUUUGGAUAUAAAUGAGUGGCGGUGUGGAUAUUGUAAGAAAAGCUUCCGUGCUGAAAAAUUUCUUGACCAGCAUUUUGACAACAGACACUACAAUCUUCUAAAUGUAAACCAAAGCAAGUGCUUGGCUGAUUUAUGUGGUGCCUUGCAUUGUGAUUUUGUGAUGAAGUCCAAGUCACCAACAGCCAAGUGCAACCCUGCAGCUGUUGCAAGGAAUCGACACCUCUGUGAGAGUCUGGCUGAUAGCUGCUUUCCCAUUAAUCAAGGUCCAUCAGCAAGUCGUCUUCAUGAGUUGUUUCUGCACCAAUUUUGUGAUGCUCACACAUGCUCUGGAAAAAGAAAACUCUUUCCUAAAGGAGUCAAGAAGCAAACAAGUGUAUUCUACCUGGCUAUUUCCAUCCUGACUUUGAUGCUGCUACCUCUUUUCUAUGUUAUUGUCUACUUGUAUCAAAGAGAAAUGAAGAGGGGAACCCAAGAGCUAAGGCGAAUCUCACAAGUUGCACGGAAAACAAAACCGUCCUAGUUGGUAAACCUUCUUGUUUCUUAUUAUUAUUAUUAUUAUUAUUAUUAUUUUGAAAUUCCUUUGAGAUGCAUUUUGCCAUGGUGAUCUUGUCAUGGUAUGUGAUUGCAUUGCUGAGUGAUCCUAUAAGCCAGGUGAUCUCAUAACUUUCAAUCAUGUAGUACAGUGUUUAAUAUAUUUUAUGGCAAUCU